AUGGCUGCAAUCGAUGACGGAUUUGAGGCUCUUUUAGAGCCCUUUUAUAAUGGCAAGAAGCUAACAGACCCAAUAUCGACAAGAGAAGACAAGUACCAGCUUCUGCCCGCGUUUCUCAAGGUCAAAGGUCUUGUUAAGCAGCACAUCGAUUCAUACAACUUCUUCAUCGAACACGACAUUCAGAAUAUCGUUAGGAUAAAUCGCUCCAUUCGAAGCGAUCAGGAGAAGGAUUUUUGGCUCGAGUUCACCGACAUCCGUGUCGGCACGCCGACGCGCAACGACCAGGAUGGCGACUACAAGUCCACCAGCGAUGUCACCCCCAACGAGUGCCGGCUUCGUGACAUGACAUAUGCUGCGCCCGUCUUUGUCGACAUUGCAUACACACGCGACAGGACCAAGAUUGUUCGGAAAGACAUACAAUUGUGCCGGAUACCCGUCAUGCUCAAGAGUGCAAAAUGCUGCCUCAGCGGCGCCAACAACGCGCAAAUGGAGGUCAUGAACGAAUGCCCAUUGGAUCCGGGGGGCUACUUUAUCAUUAAUGGCACCGAGAAGGUCAUUCUCAUCCAAGAACAGCUCAGCAAGAACCGCGUAAUCGUCGAGACGGAUGACAAGGGCGGCGUAACAGCCUCGGUGACGAGUUCGACACAUGAACGCAAGUCCAAGACGUACGUCAUUCUGAAGAGGGAUUCGAGCCUAAAGAACGACCGCAUUGUUCUCAACCACAAUGUCCUCGUCGAGCCCAUCCCUAUCGUCAUCGUUCUCAAAGCUCUCGGCGGCCUGUCCGACUAUGAGAUCAUGGAGCUUGUGGCUGGCGGGGAUGCCUUGUACCAGGACGACUUUCUCAUCAACUUCUUCGAAGCGACAAGACUCGGCGUGUAUACCCAGCAGCAAGCGCUGGAGUACGUUGGCGCCCGGGUGAAGAUGGGUGGUCCCAAAAAGGGACGAUUCACAGCCGCACCGCGGCGGAGUCCAGUCGAGGAAGGGUUGGACGCGCUGGCGAACCUCAUCAUUGCCCACGUCACGAUCGAGGACCUCGACUUCUAUCCGAAAGCAGUCUACAUCGCCAUGAUGGUCCGGCGCGUCCUGAUGGCUUCGCACAACCCAAAGCUGGUUGAUGAUCGCGACUUUGUCGGGAACAAGAGAUUCGAGCUGGCAGGGCAGUUGCUGUCUCUUCUAUUCGAGGAUCUAUUCAAAAUGUUUGUCUCCACCCUGAAGGGGAACAUGGAGUAUUUCUUCAAGAAGCCCAACCGUACGUCGGCCUAUGAUCCGGUGGGCCCCAUCAGCAGCCAGGGCCAAUACAUCACUCAGGGCUUGAACAGGGCCAUCCAGAGCGGAAAUUGGAGUGUGAAGCGCUUCAACAUGAACAGAGCUGGCGUCACGCAUGUGCUGAGCCGCUUGAGCUACAUUUCCGCCCUUGGUAUGAUGACUCGUAUCAGCAGCCAGUUCGAAAAGACGAGGAAGGUCAGUGGGCCCAGAGCUCUUCACCCUUCACAGUGGGGUAUGCUCUGUCUAUCGGACACGCCAGAAGGUGAAGCCUGCGGUUUGGUGAAGAACCUGGCGCUCAUGACCCACAUCACCACCAACGCUGAAGAGGAACCGGUCAAGGACUGCAUCUUUGGACUGGUCCGCGGUGUCCAGCCAAUCCGAAAACAGACGGGAUUAGGGCUGCACGGCGACGGCGCCUACGUUAUCCACUUGAACGGCACCCCGUUUGCCUUGACGCGGAACCCAAAGCAGUUUGCAUUGCGGUUCAGGACUAUGCGCCGUCGUGGCCACAUUUCCCCUUUCGUUAGUAUUCAUCUCAACGACCGUUUCUCUGCGGUGCACAUCGCCACCGACGAGGGGCGUAUCUGCCGGCCUUACAUCAUAGUCAAGGACGGAAAAUCAAAGCUGAGGCCAGAACACCUGAGGCUGCUUCAGCUUGGCAAGGCGACCUUCGACGACUUUCUCAAACAGGGUGUAAUAGAAUACCUCGACGUCAACGAGGAAAACGAUGCGCUGAUUGCGGUAGGGGAGGACGACAUUAAUCGUUCGACGACGCAUGUGGAGAUUGAGCCCUUUACUAUCCUGGGUGCGGUCGCAGGCCUCAUCCCAUUCCCCCACCACAAUCAGUCUCCCCGGAAUACAUACCAGUGCGCCAUGGGUAAGCAAGCCAUCGGAGCCAUCGCAUACAACCAGUUCAACCGCAUCGACACCCUGCUCUACACACUCGUCUACCCGCAGAGGCCCAUGGUCAUCACCAAGACAAUUCAACUCAUCCACUACGAUAAGCUCCCGGCGGGACAGAACGCAACGGUCGUCAUCAUGUCCUAUUCGGGCUACGAUAUUGAAGACGCGCUGGUGCUGAACAAGGCGUCGUGCGACAGGGGCUUUGGGCGGUGUCAGGUGUUCCGCAAGUACACGGCCGAGCUCCAGAAGUAUCCCAACGGGCGAAAGGACCGGCUAGGAGCCAUCCAAAAAGACGAAGAUGGCAAGACCAUUGCUAAGCAUGCCUGUUUGGACAGAGACGGCCUUGCUGUUGUGGGGUAUCGGGUCCAAACUGGGGAGACCAUGAUAUUGAAGGAAACGCCGAUUGACCUGACUUCAACGGGCAUUGGUAACGACCGGGGGUCUGACGGCUACGUCCCGGCAGCGAUUAACUAUCGCAUUGCCGAUCCGGCCUACAUUGACAAAGUCAUGAUUUCCCGGACCGAGAAGAACAACGACAUAGUCAAGGUCCAGACGAGACAGACGCGCCGGCCAGAGAUAGGCGACAAGUUCUCGUCACGCCACGGCCAGAAAGGCGUCGUCGGCAUCAUCGUCGAGCAGGAAGACCUGCCCUUCUCUGAUUCGGGCGUUGUCCCCGACAUCAUCAUGAACCCCCAUGGUUUCCCGUCGCGUAUGACAGUCGGCAAGCUGUUUGAAUGCCUCACAGGGAAAGCAGCGGUAGUGGCCGGACGCCGCGACUACGGGUUCGGCGACGCAUUCCGCUCGCACCCCGUCGAGGAGAUGGGCAAGGUCCUCAUUGAGCACGGCUUCUCGUGGGAAGGCAAGGACUACUUCACGUCGGGCAUCUCGGGCGAAUCCCACGAGGUGUACCUCUUCAACGGGCCCAUCUACUACCAGCGGCUGAAGCACAUGGUGCAGGACAAGAUGCACUCGCGGUCUCGCGGGCCCCGCGCCAUCCUCACGCGGCAGCCGACCGAGGGUCGGUCGCGCGACGGCGGUCUUCGUCUUGGUGAAAUGGAGCGCGACUGUCUAAUUGCCUAUGGCGCCUCGCAGUUGCUGCUGGAGCGUCUGAUGAUCAGCUCGGACCAGACCAAAGUGGAUAUUUGCGAGCGGUGCGGCCUGAUUGGGUAUAGAGGGUUCUGCCAGACUUGCCAGAGCAAGAGCACGGUUACUCAGAUGACCAUGCCCUACGCGGCCAAGCUGCUGGUGCAGGAGCUGAUUAGUAUGAAUGUGGGCGUGCGCAUCGAGCUGGAGGACAAGUUCCCCCAUCCUAGGUAG